ACGCAUGCGCAAAUGCUUUGUCCGACAUUUUGCGCCAAGUUUCCUGGAGAAAUGUUUGCAAAAUGAAUUUGCAGGGCUUUUGAACAAUCAAAUCACCAUGCGAUUUUUAGGUGUCAAAAGAAUUACGACGGCCGAGAAUCCGCACCUUAAGCUGUAGUUUAUUUUGCCCUCCGGUGUUUUAGGGCUGCAAAACUUUGAUAUUUGUUGCUUUAAAUUUAGCCCAGUGUUUGAGCUUUUUGUGGCCAGGUCCUCGAAGUUGAUCAUCGUUCUUGAGAAAUAUGGCGUCUUGUGAAUAUGACUUGGACACAUCGGGAGGACUGAUGGAUGAGAUUCAGAAGUUGAUUGCCCCUCCUGUUAGUGAAGAUGCUGCUCGUAAAAUGAGAAGAGGACCAAAAGAAUUUAAGAAACACGGAAAGGCAAUAAAUCAUGACUAUUGUGAUAGCUGCACUGAAGGUGGAGAUCUUGUAUGUUGUGACAGAUGUCCUGCCUCAUUCCAUCUGCAGUGCCAUGAUCCACCAUUGGAAGAAGAUGAUAUUCCCCCAGGAGAAUGGAUCUGUCAUAGAUGUAAAACAGGUCCAAAAGAGAAAGAUGAUGAUGCCUCGUCAACAAAGAGUGGUAGUUCAUCUAACAGCGGGAAAUCUUCAAAAUACUUUCCACCACCAAUUCCAAUACCUGUAUUAUCAGCUAACCCAUUACAUACCCUGGCUGAAGCAGCUAAAAUUCUCAACCCUGUACAAUUUGAACUCCCUAAAGAUAUUGACUGUACAACACCACUCCCUGGGUCUUACAAAAGGAAAUGGUGGGGAAGGGAUAAAAAUUUGCCUUCUAAGAAAGUAGCUCAUGAGUUGGACAAUGGAUUAGUUCCCUUACCAGCUAAAUUGUGUUAUGUUUGUAACAGGAGUUGUCGAGUUGGCCCCUUGUUGCCAUGUGACUAUUGUCCAUGUUUGUACCAUUUAGACUGUUUGGACCCACCCCUAGCUUCAGUACCAACCACUGUAUGGAUGUGCCCUAACCAUGUAGAAAACAUCAUUGAUGAAAAAUUGUUGAAGACAACUAUGCUUACAGAAAGGGUAAAACUUUGGGACAAGUAUAAUGACAGGGUUAACCAGCACACAGUUAAAAUGAGAUUUUUAAAGAAAGUACAUAGAAAAGACCCUCCAUUUAGAUUAAAAUUUCGGCAUCCUCGACGCAAAGCAGCACAGAUUCCCCAAUCAAUAAAAGAUUACUACCAGUACCCAUGUGAUUUAUUACCACCACCAACAUUAGCUAGUGGCACGGGAACCAGUGAAGAGAUAAAUGACAGAGAUUGUUCAACAGAAACAUCACUGGAAGAGCAAGAGCAUUGGUUGAAGUCAGUGGUAUCAUUACAGACCAGUAUAGCUCAGUUUUUAACUAAAAAACAAUUAGAACGAAGUAAUUCAAUUGAAAGCUGUAAAAAUUCUGAAUCUGCUAAAACUGAAAAACCAACAGCCUCAGUCCAACCUGUGCAAAAUAGAGACUUAAUGGACCAGUCUAGUACUGUAUCUGAAAAUUCUAACCAGUCUAGUGAUCUUAAAUCUAAAAAUAGUAAUUGUAGUGAAAGUAGUGUAUCAAAUGGACCUCUAGUCUCUAAUUGUGACACAAAGGUGAAUAAUGGACAUCUAGAUGUAAACAAAGGAGCAGUAUCAUUAUUAAAUCCAUCUUGUAGUACAUUAAAUGGUGAUAUUGAAAUGGCAGAACCAACACGGUCAAAAGACUGUUCUAGUAGUAACUCUGCGGAUGGAUCUUCAAAUUUUGUGAAAUUGACUUGGCCAGGUGGAGAUAAACAAGUAAAUGUUUCAAGCAAUGCACAAACUUCUGGUGGUAGAAAUAUUGUUAUUAGUACUGUGAGUAAAACAAACAAUGUGUAUACGCGAGUGGUUCCAGGUAUUCCUGGGAAGCUGGCGGGACAAACAUCAAUAUUGUCUGCAAGGGGAGGCAGUCAAACAGGAAAACAAGGCAGCACUAUACUCAAGUCAAAUGUAGCAUCGGGCAGCCCUUCAACUAAAGUCAUCACUGUUAAUCAAUCUCAACCAGCAUCAAAACUUGCAAUAUCCCAGGGCAAGGCACCUCAAGUAACCAGUACAGGGGCUAAUCAGACUUCAUCGGCAAUAAUCUCAUUGAACAACACAUUGCAGCAGUGUCUGGAAGGAACUGCAGAUUUGGAGUUGAGCAAACUAGAUGAGAAGUUGAUACAGAUAUUAGCAUGGCAGCGACUUCAACAAUUGAUGCCAAGUAAAUCAGGCAGUGAGUCACAGAGAAAAAACUCAGGUUCAAUAAAUGGUCUCCUAACUACACCAGGUCUUCAGGACGUACAGGCUAGAGCCGUGUUGUGUCCGUUGUCAGGUAGAGGGGAGGCUAUUCCUAUGCCAUAUAGAACCUUGUCACUAGGCACAGGUGCUGAUAUGGAUGUUUGUCUGGGCCAGUAUGGACAAUGCAAUUUUAUCUCAGCUAAACAUGCAUUCAUUUUCUAUGAUGAGACUAGUAAGCAUUAUGAGUUAUUGAACUACAGCGAGCAUGGAACAACUGUUGACAAUGUGCUUUACUCCUGUGAUUUUUCUGACAAACCCGCCACAACUCCACAGCCAUCAGCUGUUGUAGCAGCUGUUAGACAUCUCAACAAAACACAUAAACCAAAAAUGAAAGCUGACGAAAGGUUAACAAUGACAGCUCGACCACCUGAUACUCGGUUAAGGUGCAACUGUAAAGGCAGCAGCUCAAGUCUGAUAGGAGGAAGUGGAGCAGGCUGGGAAGGUACAGCCAUUCUACACCACGGCAGUUACAUCAAAGUUGGCUGUAUACAGUUUGUGUUCAGCAUUGUAGAUCAUGCAACAUCUCAACCUAUACCAGGUGUUAAGAGAGAACCUAUGUCAUUAUUAAAAUCACAUCUAAAAGGAGUUCCGUAACAUUUAAUAAAAUAUUCUGUUUUUACAUUUGAUGUCUUCUGUGAUAAAUCUUUAACCAAUUUAGAUAGAUUUGUAAGAUACUGGGCAUUAUUUUAAGAAUUUUACAUUUUUUGUGUUUCAAAUGUAAAAAAAAAAUCUUAACAAAUUGCACUGUAUAGUCUUAAAGUCUUAUAUGUUGAUCAAAUAUUUCUCAACAUUGAGAAACAGUCACAGAAAAAGUCUUCCUUGACUUAGUUUUAUAAUUCUUCUUCCUGAUGUUUACCAUUGUAACUGUGAUAGAUAUAUUAAAUUACAAUACUUCAAAUUUUUUAAAUGUUAUAAAAAUUACAUGCUGAAGUAACUGAAGUUUAAACUUGUAUUUUUUUAAAGCUGCAGCCUUGAUAAAAAACAAAUCUUUUUCUUGUGACAUUUUUGAAGGAGAUAUUGGAUUCUAUUGAAUCAGAGACCUUCUAUUGAAUCAGCUAUCACAUUUGAUUGUAUUAUCCUUCUUGGUUGUUUCCAACAAAAUUUACAUAUUUCCCUUUAAUUAAUUCAGAAAAAAAGCAUUUGUCAAAAAAAAACACUCGCAUUGAAUAUUGGAAUAUCACAGAACACAUGAAAUGUUGUUUUUAUUUUUUCUUUCAAAUUAUAUUUUUCUUGAAGGAGCAAAAAGUUAGGUUUUAGUUUUCUGUUAAACUCUGCAAUAAACUGGCAAGAAUGAAAUAUAUCUUUUUUAUCUAUUGUUUAAAAUGUUAAGAUUAUUUGUUAGAUUGUUGUCUGAAGGGUUGUAAUCUAUUUUGCCAAAGUAUUUUGUUCAUUCUUUGAUUUUUAUGUCAGCUGUCUAUUUAUAUGUUUGUUUUUAAAUGUAAAAUGUUGAGAAAAGUAAUUUAAAACUUGCAUAACAUAUUUUGUAAAGAUUAAAGAACGAAGUAAACAAUUUAAAAUUGUGGAGCUAUCUUUGAACUUAAGGUGUUAAUUUCUAUAAUGACAGAACUUUUGUGGAUCCCUUUUUGCAUAUUCAAUUCAACAGCCCUUAAAUAUGAUCUCCGCAGUUAUAGUUUCAACAAAAAGUUAUAUUCUAUCAUAAGUAACUAUUAGUUUUUAUUAUAUAAUCUAUAAAUAGCUUUGAAAUGCCUUUCCCUGAUUGGCUAACAAGCAACUUUUUGUAAAAAAUAACAGGUCAAUAUCAGAGUAUAUUCACUGUUUUUUUCCUAAAAAUAGAUUUUCAGAGUAUAUUCACCGGUUUUUCUUCUAAAAAUAGAUUUUCUGGAAAUCCCUAAAAGACACGAGACUUUGACGAGACGUCACGCAAAGUUUGUUGUUAUUAUUCUGAAAAACGUUGAAUGGGGUGUACAUAAGAGUCAAAUAAGUCUAUUUUAGUUACCAUUUUUCAUUUUUAAGAACAAUAGGGAUUAGCAUGCCAAUGGAAAGGGCCAAAUUAUGGAAACAGUAGACAAGCUGAAAAAUAAUGAUUUCCGUCGUAUGCAAUGGCAGAUGUGAUAAGCCAUAUAAAAGCUAUUUAUAAAAUAUAUAAUAAAACAGAUAUGUACUUUUUAGCUGUUGAAUAUGAUGUGAUAUGUAAUGAAAAAUUAAUAUUGACCUCGGCUAUCGCCUCGGUCAAUAUUAAUUUUUUCAGUACAUAUCACACCAUAUUCAACAGCUAAAAAGUCCAUAUUUGUAUAAUGUACACAUAAAUAUGUGUUUGUUUCACACAUAGAACAUGUACAAAGUAUGUUAAUGUUGUUAAGAAUUAAUGGUAGAAUUUGUAUGUUAUCUGCAUUUGAGCUUGUUGUAACGGUUUACUGAUGUAAACAAACAGUAAAUAAAUUAGCUUACAUGGAUGAAGGUUUUUAGAAUUUAUAAUAUUCAGAAAUUUAGGAUUUUAAUUAUAAAGUCAGAAAGGAACAAAAGUACAGAAUUUUUCAGGAUUACAAAAAUAUUAACCUUAAAUGCUAUAAGUAUAUCUGCUGAAAUCUUAAAGUUUAGCUCUGGUUAGAUUGCAUGACUAUGCAGAUUGACCUUACUUUAUACUGGUAGAAAAGGUGAGAAAUUUUCAGUGAUUGUGAUUGGUUUUGAUAAUUUAGGUGUAAAUGCUAAUUCUUUGAUGUUUUGAGUAAAAAAUUGAGUUUGUAUUGUGGAUUAAGUGUUUGAAGAAGUAUAGUUAUAUCAGUUUCCCUAUGAUCUCAGAUUAGUACAGUGCUGAAGUUCUUCUUAUGAGCUGUUUGUUAUGAAGAUAGUGAGAAAACAGUUUUUGGCCUAUUUUUAGAUUUGAUAGUUCCCUGCGGGUACAAUGGUACUGCAUUUUUCAUGGCAAAUAGUGAAAAUAAAGAACUUGAUUUUACAUCUUUGAAUUUUUACAUUUCAGUGAAAGUUUCAGUUAAUGAUUUAUGACAGUUAUGUUUUAGUUAAUCUGCCAUGUUUCUAGUUGAAGUUUAUUUGCAUGUAUUUGGAGCAUCAUGGUAUCUCAACCAACAAGGCACCCAAGGGGACACAUGAUCUGUAAAUUCAUUACAUAUAUUUGAUCAUCGUUCAAUAAAUAGAAACUUUUUGCUUUAACUUCGUGUUUCGGUUUUAUGGAAGUUCAACAUGUUGAUGUUCAAUGUUACUUUGUUUUCAUAACAGAAUUUUUUUUAACCAUGUGUAAUUUAUCAAUUGUAUUUGGUUUCUUUGUUACUAAAAUCAAGCAGAAUUCAAUUACAAUGAGCAAUAUGAAAUUUUUCAGGCCCAAAAUUAAUUGUCUUUCUCUGCAUUUUAUUUUUAUAAACUAUACAUUUUAAACAAAAAGAGUAGGAGCAUGAUUCCAAUUGUGACUAACAGAAUGAAGAGAACACAUUUAAGGAAACAACAGCACCAAUUUUCAUUGUAGGAGUGUGUAUGAUUUUUUUUUAAUAUAUAGAUACAAUAGAAGAUUUUAGUUUUUACAAAGUAAUUGUGUUUUUAAAUGUGCUACACAGGGGUAUGGAAGUGCAAUGUUUGUUAUUUUAUCUGUUACCAUAGUAACCAGUAGCAUAUUGUCAUUUUGUUACGAAUUGAAGUCGAUGUGAAUCGAUAACGUUGGUACAAGAUAUUUAUUCAACUAUUUUUGUCAUCUUUGUAAUGUGUUAUAUCUGUGUGAUGAAUUUAACCCUAAACCUGCUGGAUUUGUGCAAUGGACUUGCCCUGCUGUAAAUUUAGAAUUGUCCAUUUGAAUUUUAAGGGAUUUCAUUUACAAAAUACAAAAACUGAGCUGGGAACAUUGUAGAGUGUGGUCACACUGCACUUCAGAGUUUUUACUGAAUAACUAGCCAUAGCCUUCUGACAGCAACUGAUGCUUCCCAUGGAACCAGUGAAAACCAAGAUCAGUCAGAAUAUCCUUGUGAUCAAAUCAUGGUCUGUACUAAUCAGUGUGUAGUUAUUUCAAAGUUUUCCCUAAAUAUGAUGAGUGGUUUUGUUUCAAUUAAAAGGUGGGGGGAAUCCAUUUAAGAAAUUUAGCAGGUUAUUUACAGGGUUUAUACAACAAUAAUUUAACAACUGUCAUUUGUAGUUUUAUACAUAUGGCAAUGUUAAGAAAGUACAAUUUGUUUUCAUGUUUUGUUUUAUAUCUACAUGUUAGUGAUUACUGGAUAUAAUCUCCCUUUAAUGUCACUCCAAAGGUAGUAUUGUUAUAGGAAGACAUUGUUAAUUCCCUUUGAUAGUGUAUUAGUAGAAAAGCUGUCAUAAUUCUUUUGGAUCUGUGUCACAUUGUCCUGUCUUGAGAGGAUUUUUGUUGUUAAAUGUUUGUCUGAAGUUACUUGAAAAUAAAAGCACUGCUACAAAAAGAACUGGAGCAGUGACCUAGAUGUUGAAGAAUUUGCUUCUCAACACGGGCAUCAUGGGUUCAAGCCCUAUACAACCUUGACUGCUUACCCCAGAACUGGUUAUAGGGUUUUUUAAGAAUUUACUUUAUAAUUUAAAAAUGUUUUUCGAUCAAGAAUAAAUAAACGUAUUUAUAACCGUUUGUCAUUAAAAAAAUCAUGUUAUAGAUUUUUUUAUAGCAUUUUACUUUUAUCCAGUUUGAGAAAUGUUUUAUACCAAGGCUAAGAUAUUUAUGUUGGUUGUUUUAUCAACAAUUUGUAACUUCUACAUAUGAUCCAAAUAUAUUUUUUUCCUUGAAACUGGACAGUACAUGUAUUUAUUAAUAUAGUAAUCAGAAUAUGAGCCGCGUCAUGACAAAACCAACAUAAUGUGUUUGCGACCAGCAUUGAUCCAGACCAGCCUGCGCAUCCGCGUAGUCUGAUCAGGAUCCAUACUGUUCGCUGUCAGUUUCUCUACUUGUUAUAGAGUAGCGAUCAGCAUGGAUCCUGAUCAGACUGCAGGGAUGCGCAGACUGGUCUGGAUCCAUGCUUGUCGCAAACGCACUAUGUUGGUUUUGCAGUGACACAGCUCAUAUGACUGUCUAAUGAUUUGCCCCUUUCAGUUUAAAGUUUAAUUUUAUAUGUUGAAGAAAGUGCUAUUUUUAAGAAAAAUUGCAACACAUUUUUUCAUACUCUUUGAUAUUAUAUCAAUAUUUUUGCAAAGUAUUUUUAUUUAUAGAAAUGCAGAAAUAUUCAUCAUACAUUGUACUUAGUUCUUUUUUGUCUUGUGCAUCAAAAAUACUGUUAUGAUUAUAUGGUAAAUAAUUUUGGAAGUUUUUUAAACCUCAGGAUUUUUAUCACCAUGGAGUCAUCAUAUUGUGUAUAUAUCUCCAUCAAAAUGAAAUCAUGUACAUUAUUGUAAAUAUGAACAUAUGUAAAAUUCAUGACUAGAGAGACCCAUUAUUACACUUGUGUAUAGUACAUUUUGUAUAGUAUAAAAACUUAAUUCAUCUUCCAAAA